AUGUCUAAGAAUGACCAUGUCUUUAAUACGUCAAGCUCUUUCAGUGCGAUUUAUUCUGCGUUUCGGACGUACUACUACAAUGCACCGACCUUAGUCAGUAUUCGCACAGUCGACGAAGCAAUCAAGUCGUUGAAUGCCAACGUCGACACACAGGAAGCACUCCGAUUCCUUCAGGACCACAGACCAGAUAGCUCCUAUUUGCAAUCGCUGUGCCCUAGAGCUCUAGGAGUAUUAGCUCUUCGAGGCUCAGAACUCUGUAAGUACGUACCUGUGUCAACGUUUGAUAAGGAUGACAGCGACUUAAUAACUCCGAUUUACAGAGUUGCAUGUCCAGAAGAAGACCUUUCCUGUCCGGACGAGUGGUUCGCAAGAAGGCCAAGUCAGGUUUGGCGCUUGCUACAACUCCUGCGCCUCCUGUUUGUUAAAACCGAGUUUCCAUUCAAUCCAUCGAUGAUAGGCGGCGAAAUUUUGCCGCUACUAUACUUAAUAUUUACCCAGUUUCGCGAAAAAAAUAAGGAAUUGUCGUUACUGGCUUUGAAAAUCCUUGCUAACGUUGCUCUCAAUGAGUGGCUCCCUUUAUUGGCAUCUCUCGUAAACCAUGGAGUAUCAUUAGAAGAACGAUUACUCUCUCACAAGAUUUGCCAAAACGGGUUGAAUACUUUGGGUGUUCUCAGCUAUCAACUCCGAUCUGAUGUGUACGAGCUUUUUCUGCCAGACAAGGAGCCUGUGGUUGACAUUAUUUUAAUCCAUGGCCUGUGUGGAAGUGUUGCUUAUACAUGGAGGCAGAAAGACCAUUCCAGUAAUGUUGUUUCCGAUUGUUGGCCAAAGGACUGGCUCCACCUGGACAUCUCAGAUCCUAUGCGAAUUCUUGGCUUCGAUUAUCCGUCAUAUAUAAUGCAGUUUACUGGAGCAAUGGAAAGUUUGCAAGUUCGAGCUGAUCGUUUCAAACAUCAGUUGGAGGCUGCUGGUGUUGGUAAACGACCCGUCAUUUUCAUUUGUCAUAGUAUGGGUGGUUUGUUGGCUAAAAGAUUGCUUCUGGAUCUCCCGGGACUCGCUAAGAAAACGGUUGGUUUGUUAUUCAUAGCCACACCUCAUAGAGGGUCACCAAUAGCUUCUUGGGGCUACUCAAUACUUCAUCCAACAGCGGAUGUUCUUUUUCUCCUUGAGGAAAAUCCUGUGAAUAAGAAGUUAAAUGAGGAUUUCUCGACGAUCAGUGGCAACAUUCCUGUCAUAGUAAGUAUGGUGGAAACAAAGGAAUCUGAUCUCAUUGGUGCGAUUAUCACUUUUUAUGUUGUAACACAAACAUAUACCAAUUGUAGAAGGCUAUGUACUGCCAAAGGUAUAAUAGUGCCGACACAGUCAGCUGUUUAUGAAAAAGGUGCAGUUUAUCACAUUGAGGAGGUUCACCACAACGUAUGUAAGCCAUCCGAGCGUACCAGUGCUUCUUAUGGUGUUGUGCUGAACUUCGUCCGUGAUUCAAUUCAGGCUGCGAAGAAAAUGAAAUACAGAAAUAAAGAGAAAUAG